AUGGCUAGUAAGACAUCUGCACGUCCUCGCAUGAACUUUGCUCAUGAUCUCUGCGGCUUUGGGGGAGACAUGGCAAAUCAACAACACAACGAUGACCAUCGUAUGCAACGAAGGAUGGUCCAUCAGGAGCUAGGAUCUGUGACAAAAUCUGCACAGUACGACACGUUCAAGCAGGAAGGUGUACACAAAUUGCUUGCGCGUAUACUAGACGACCCUGACUCAGCACUCAAGCAUGUUGAAUUAGAGACAGGUGCGGUUCUCUUGAAGAUGGCUUAUGGAUACACUGUUGAGACCGGCGCUACCGAUCCCAUGGUGGAGCUAAUGGAGACGGUUAUGAAUAAUUUCUCGGCCGCAAUUAGCCCCUUUACAUGGGCGGUCGACAUUCUACCUUUCCUCAAAUAUUGGCCCUCAAUAUUUCCCGGAGGCAGCUUUCAGAGGAUUGCGCAGAAUUUCAAAGACAGCGCCGAGGCCGCGCGGGAGGUCCCUUUCGCCUUUAGCAAGGAGCAAAUCAAAGACGGAAUCAGCGUGCCUUCUUACGUGGCUAGGCUGCUCGAGCAGUUGGAUCGGAAAGGCGAAAGUGACGAAAGCAUUAAGUUCGACGAGGAUGCCAUUAAGUGGACGGCCGGCAUCAUGUACACAGCUGGAUCUCACACUACAGUCACAAGCUUGCAUUGGUUCCUACUUGCGAUGGUCAUGUAUCCUAAUGUGCAGAAAAGGGCACAGGAAGAGAUCACUAAAGUUAUUGGCAGCGACAGGCUGCCACAAAUGGAGGACAGGCAGAGCCUCCCUUACUUGGAGGCCUUGGUUCAAGAAAUUUAUCGCUGGAAUCCGGUAGGUCCUAUGAGUCUCCCACACGCAGCGACAUCUGACGUUGCAUAUGACGGGUACAUCAUACCCAAAGGGUCCAUUAUACUUCCAUCCGUAUGGUGGUUUUGCCACGACCCUGAGGUAUAUAAGAACCCUACCGAAUUUGAACCAGAACGCUAUCUUGAUCCGCGCUCUGAGCCCGACCCCAAACCUGUUAUUUUCGGUUUUGGGCGUAGGACUUGUGUGGGACGUUACUUUGCCGAUUCGACAAUUUUUUUGUCUGUGGCACAAGUUUUAGCCUCGUUUGAUAUUGAAAAAUCUUCACUUAGUCCAGCUGAAGAUGAGAGAUUGCAACUCGCCGCUCAAGGCUGUCCCGGAAUGAUUAAUCAGCCUGGAAGUUUUGGGUGUAAGCUCACUCCUAGGAGCAAGGAUAUUACAGCUCUUAUCCGGCAAAUAACUAAGGACUUACCGGAGAAGAUUUAG